ACAGGACAGAGACAGAGACUGACAGAUGACAGUUCAGUUGUCGGUUACACUGUUAUGGUUUUAAUGUUUUUAGUUUCAUGAUGAAAUAGAAUGUAAUAAACAAUUUAAAUGAAUCUAGUAUUAACUAAAUAAAACAUUUUUUAAUUUUAAGCAAAAAUCUUAAUACUGAUAUUUUGUUUUUGGAUGUGUUAUAUGUAUACAAACAAUGUUGUAGGUCUAUUAUUUUUAUAGGUUAUGUUGAUUACAUAUAUUUUUUUUAGGUUAAAUGGGAGUUUUAAUAUUGAUUUUUCACAAUUUUACUCAUUACUUCUUUAAACUAGAUCUGAUAGAGAUGUGCGAACAAUGUGCAUAAAAAGGGAACAAUUCACAGAAUAAGCUAUAUGAAUAAAUAAUGUUACAAACUUGUUCUGUAUACAUUUCAUGCUAGUAAGGCUAUUUUGUUCUGAUAGUGCUGUUACUGCUGUAAUAUCAUUACAUACUCUGUGUGAACUUGCUUUUGGCUCUUCUAUAUUAUAUUUCACAUCAUGGUCCGAGCAUAUGUUUACGUCUGUGCUGCCAAGAAAUGCUACAACACAUGGCUGAAUCAUCCUAACAAAGGAUUCUUUUGCUUUCCACGUAAUAGAGAACUGUGUAAAACUUGGCUACAUAAUAGUGGAAGAACAGAUCUUGAGGUGUCCGUUGUGGAAAAGUCCAAUGGAUACUACAAGCUGUGUUCAGAUCAUUUUGAGGACAAAUAUUUUACAGACCACACCAGAACAAAACUGAUCAGGGCCCAACAGCCAGUCCCUACAAUCUUUGUAAACAACAUCACAGACCUGCUGCCCCAAGGCUCACAAACUUUGGACAUUGACCUGCCUGAUGGCAGUGAAAACGAUGAUCCCUCCACACUUUGUGAGUGUGUGUUGGACCCGUCUCAGCUCAUGGUGCAAAGUGAACGCAUUCCGAUAUCUUACAAUAGCAACCAAGUGACAAAAAAGAAAGACUACGAUCCGGACACAAUAUCCAAAGCUUUGGUCAAUUUGAAUCCAGAGACAGAGUUACAUGAGUUGGAGGAUCUCUGCAGAUUUUGUAUGAAUAAAGCACAGCAAGUUUCUGUUGAUCUCUUCUCUGAAACUUCCGAAGCAACUGAAAUCAGAAAAACUGGUGAACUUCUCCUGAAACAUAGGAUAGACGUGAGUGACCGGCUUCCACACAAGGUGUGCCCUCAGUGCGUUACUGACCUCGAAACUUGCAAGAGGUUCACAGACCAGUUCAGGAACGCAGACCGCUACCUGAGAGCAGUCGCCAAGUAUUCCUUGUUUAUCGGGAGUGAGAAUGAAUCAGAGACCGAUGAUGAUACAGAAGAAAUUAGUGAUGAAGAGCUUUUGAAGCCAAUUCCUAAGAAAUCUCUGGUAAUGCCGCUGAAAAGCCUGAAGCCUGUGUUGGAAGAUACUCAAAGUUAUCUUGAAGAUGUAGGUGCUAAUUUAGAUUCAUCAAGUAAUCUUCCCUCAACUGAUUGCAUUGUUUGGGAAAAUACUCUAGGACAAGAUAAAAAUACAGAAUCAGCUGCUGGUGAACCAGUGAACUUGGAAACAGCUGAUUCUGAGUUGUCAGUGAACCAACUGCUGCCACUUCAGGCUCCAGAAAUUGGCCUUAUCUCUACAGAUGACCAUCUCUGGCAGAAUGGCGUAGAGUUGAUAUGCAACAAUAUGGUUAUUCUGCCCAGCCAGAAGAUCACUUAUACUACUCCUCAGAAAUCUACAGCCGAUAAAAAACCACCCAAUCUUACACCAGUGAAAAGGUAUAAUGCACCUUUAUUUGAUCUUAAAAAUUUGGAAAAGGAUUUAAGACUUAUGAAUUCAUCAGAAUACUCAAGUCAAGAACAACUCAAUAAAGGUGUAAACAUUGAGAGUGUCGGAGUUGAACCUGCCUCGGAAUAUAUAGAAAAUGAAUUGAUCAAUCAACUUGAUCGUAAUACUAAUGAUGAUGGAAACUGCGAAUCUGCAGAAAGUGAUACUGGCUUGACUGUGUCUUACAAAUGCCUGGAGUGUUAUUCUCUGUUUAGUAGCUAUCCAGAUCUGGUAGACCACGUCUUAACCAAUCAUCAGAAGAUUGAUAAAUUGAGUGGUGACGUUAAUAAUAUAGAAUUCCAAAACCCGGUACUGCUGGAGGAGGUACCAAAAACAGAUCAUGAGGAUAGUGAACUGAAAUGUUUGAUGUGUGACUCCAGUGAUAUAUUCCUGAGCAAGGCAAGUCUCAUAGAGCACAUGAGGACAAGUCACAUGUGGAAGUGUACAAUGUGCAACCGUAUAUUUCAAAAAGAGAAGAGGUUAGAGCAACAUAUUGCCGCCAUACACGAUACUAGAACAGAGUGUAGUGUUUGUGGUAAACAACUAAAAAAUUCUCAGUCCAGGAGAAAACACGAACGAGGACACGAUCGAGAUUGCAAUGAGAUCUGUUGGCACUGUGGGGCGAUCCUCAAGACGAAGCAGAGUCUGCACAAGCACUUGAUGCUGCACAGUGGCAUUAACUUUCCCUGUAAAAUUUGCAACAGACCUUUUAAAACCAACACACAUCGACUGCGACAUCAGGCCGUUCACAGAACUGUACCUGCUGAAAAGAAAUUUCUAUGUGAUGCGUGUCCAAAAAGAUUUUUGCACAGUGGAAGCUUAAAAGCUCAUUUGUUGACACACUCCGAUGAGAAAAGAUAUAAGUGUGGAGAUUGUAACAAGAGGUUUAGAAAACCGCAGUCAUUGAAAAAUCAUGAGAGGAUACUCAGUUUGACUGGGGAGUGCCCGAAGAAUAAAAUGUGGGGUAGAUUGACCCUGAAAGAUGCUGGCAACCUCAGUUGUGACAUUUGUGGAAGGAAGUUUCACAAGUCUGCCGGUGUCGAAAGGCACAGAAAAUUUCACUUUUGUAGUGGUAACCCUGAAAUCAUCAAGAAACUGUUGGAUGAACCUGAGGUCUAUUCCUGUAGCGUAUGUAAUAGAUUCGUUUUUUCAAAAAUAGGGUUCCAAGGCCAUAUGGCAAAACAUACUGGCGAUCAAAAACCGUAUAAAUGUGACUUUUGUGGGAAGACAUUCAAAUACACAAAUCCAUUUAAGGUCCAUGAGCGGCUACAUACAGGAGAGACUCCAUUUAUAUGCAGAUUUUGUGACAGAGGCUUCCGUUCUAAACUCACCAUGAGGAAACAUGAAUCCACUCACUCAUUAGAUAAGCCUCAUAUGUGUGAGCUUUGUGAUAAGACAUUCAAAUCAAGGAUUCUUCUUUUGAGACAUUCUGAUGUUGUUCAUAAAAAUCAAAGAAAUUACCAAUGUGCAAGAUGUGGGAAACUGUUUGCAAGUAGGUCUGGUCUUAAAAGGCAUAUCAAGAAGGAGGAGCAUGAUGAAAAGGUUGAAGAAGAUCCAGUACAGUAUAUGGAGGAAUAUCUAGAUACUGAUGUUGACUAUUUAGAUAGUGACAAUGUUCAAGAACCCAAAAGUAGUGAUUGUAUGUAUAAAUAUACAGUAUUUUAAUGUA